AUGUCGCUGUCCUCGGUGAAGAUCGGUGAGGAGGUGUGGCUCACAUGCCUCUCCCACGCCCUCACCACCGAGACCGAGGAGGUCAUGGGCCUCCUCCUGGGCGACAUCGAGCUUUCCAGCAAGGGCGCCACCGCCCUGAUAUGGGGGGCGUCGCCGCAGAUGAGGUGCGAGCGGAAGAAGGACCGCGUCGAGGUUGGAAAAAUCCAAGUGACUGCCUUUCAGUCAGAGGGUGGACAACAGCAUGCGCUUCCUCUUUCCACCAUCGCUCCAGUCAUUGACCUUGAUUCAUCCUUUAGUUCAUCAGAUAAUGCGUUCGCUUCACAUUCUGCAUCGGUUGAGGGCAUGGAACAGGAUACAGGGGAUUCCAGGGCCUCAAAGAAUAACAAGGCCUGGAAAAGAUCUAUGGAUUUCUACUCUCAUCCUGACACAAACCAUUCCACAAAUUAUCGACCCAGAGAAAACACGCUCAUUCCGUACAAUCCUGAUAACACACAAGAAGCGUCUGUUGAUCCAUAUGAUUCAGAUAUGACUCCAAGCCUCCAGGAGGCUUUGCACCGGUCAACUAUGGACAUAAGUGGUGCAGAGUAUAGAGGGAAGGAGGUGCCACUUUUUGUGCUCCCUACAAGGUAUCUCCUCAAGCUGGACACCACGAUGACCUCUUACUGUGAUAUGCAACGAGUCCUCUUUGAAGAGGAGCAAUCAGCAUAUAAUCAAGCUAUGCAACAAAAUAUUUGUGAUGGGAAAAUUCACCCUCAUACAUCCAUUCACCAUACGUCUACAUACAACUCCUCUCUCUGCAAACUAAUGGAGUAUUGUUUGAGUCCAGCUGUUACUACGCUUCAGGAUCGCCUGAAGGAAAAUGAACUUCGGCUAUCUAUGUUACAAGAGGAGGCUAAGCAACUUGAGGCUGAUACCCAAAGCAUGAGAAAUGAUUCUCCUCGUCGCCUCAUGAAUCAUGGAGCUGGUGGCAACAGUUCACCUAUGGCUCAGAGCAGGCAUCCUUUCUCCAACCAAGGGAGCCCUAGAAGCCCGAGAGGUGGCAGCCGGAGGAGGGCUUGUUGA